CGAAUGGAAAGCUGCCCACGGGGGGAAAGGUUCAUAUGGGAAUUCGUAUAAAAGCCUUUGUAAAUUCCGUAGAUCAUCAGUCUUCCUGCCUUCUAAUACUCCAGCCAGACAUCGUCUUCAACUACAAGAAUGGUUCGCACUCAAAUAUUUUUCGUUUUUGUUAGUGUGACAGCUGUGAUAUCCCAAGAGCAGCAGAAACCUAUAGCGACUGUGCAGGAUAAAGAAAUAGACGUUAACACCAUUCCUGGCGUUGCCGGAAAAGAUUAUCCCAACUAUCAUGAGAUUCCAAAAACGAAUUUUGGUUGUUCGGAUAAAAUUCCUGGCUACUAUGCUGACACAGAUGCUCGCUGUCAGGUUUGGCACUAUUGCAGUCAAGAAGGUUUAGUGGAUUCUUUCCUUUGCCCGAAUGGAACAAUCUAUUCUCAAGAGAGAAGAGUAUGCGAGUGGUAUUACGACGUGGAUUGCACAAAAUCGAACAAAUUCAUUGAUGUUAACAAGGAUUUGUACAUCAUUCCUGAAACAACGACAGUUUCAUCACGAGGUGCUGUUGAGAAGGAGGAGCUAGUGGAGGACGCCUAUAAACCACAACUGGUUAAAACUUCGAACUUACGCAAGAGAUAUACCCCAACCCAACUAUCAUAGCGAGUUUACUAAAUUCAUUUUCAUGUGUGAUAAACUGAUAAUCCGUCGUCUCAUCCUUUGCCGUACAGUCAGUCAAUAAAUAUGCAACUAUACUCUA